AGACCCGCCCCCCUCCCCAGAUGGCCGUGUACUUCUGCUCGGGGAUGCUGCAGGACCAGGCGCAGUUCCGGCACUACGCCCUCAACGUGCCGCUCUACACACACUUCACCUCUCCCAUCCGCCGCUUCGCUGACGUCCUGGUGCACCGCCUCCUGGCCGCUGCACUCGGCUACAGGGAGCCGCCAGAUGUGGAGCCCGAUGCCCUGCAAAAGCAGGCAGACCACUGCAAUGACCGCCGCAUGGCGUCCAACCGCGUGCAGGAGCUCAGCACCAGCCUCUUCUUUGCCAUCCUGGUCAAGGAGAGUGGCCCCCUAGAGUCGGAAGCCAUGGUGCUGGGCGUCCUGAACCAAGCCUUUGACGUGCUGGUGCUGCGCUAUGGGGUGCAGAAGCGCAUCUACUGUAAUGCACUGCCCCUGCGGUCACACCACUUCCAGAAGAUGGGCAAGAAGCCGGAACUCACGCUUGUCUGGGAACCUGAGGACGUGGAGCAGGAGCCAGUGCAGCAGGUCAUCACCAUCUUCAGCCUGGUGGAGGUGGUGCUGCAGGCAGAGGCCCCGGCUCUCAAGUACGGCGCCAUCCUGAAGCGACCAGGCACCGAGGGCCUCCUGGACCCGCAGGUGGAGGGCGGUGUGAGGAGCAGGCUGAGCAGCAGGAGGACUGAAGCCGCCAGCCUGGCCCAACCCUCCAGCCCAACUGCCCCACCCACUGGCUUUUAGGAAUUGGACCUUUUGACACCAAAGGGGAGUUUUAAUUUGAUUUUUAAUAACUCAGGGGUUUGUUUUUAUUUUUUCAUUCUAUUUUCUUUUUGCAGCUCAGUUUUCAAACUGGAGGGUGGAGGGUGGAGCUGGAUGGAAACCUGAGGGCUGGUCAUUACUUACCAGAGCAGAGCUAGUCCCGGUCCUCCCGGGAGGGCAGCCCCACUUCUGCCACAUUUCUCACUGCCUUGCCUGCCCAGGAAACAAGUGGUUUUCAGCAAAUCAGUGUCAUGGAAUAAAAUCAAGUGUGAA